AGCUCUCAAAAAGUAGCUUUAUUCUUUGAUCUUGUACAAGAUAUAUUUCUGUUCUUUAGCAAGAGCGCACCUAGAUGGGCAUCGUUGGCUUUUGGUGAGAAGACCGCAGAUCAAAUAAGAAAUAAAGUAUUAAAAAAUGUGUGUGCUACUCGAUGGGAAGCAAGACACAACGCCGUGUAUUCACUAAAAUUAAAUUUUAUAAAUGUUUUAAAAUCUUUAACCAAUAUAUUAUUAACAAGUGACAAAAGUGAUGAAAAAAAUAGAGCCAAAUCACUGAAAAAAAAAAUGGAAUCAUUUGAAUUUGUUAUGUUGAUGACCAUUUGGGAAAAUAUUUUAAAACCUUUAUCAAUUGUAUCAAAGGUAUUACAAUCACCACAAACCAAUCUUCACAAGGCAUGUGAUUUAUUGCAAGGAACAAUUUUAUCAAUUGAAAAAAUGAGAGAUGGUUAUGAUGAAGUCGUUGGGUCAGCAACUGAAUUAUGCCAUAAAUGGGGUAUAUCCACCACAAAACCUGCAACCCGUAGAAUAUAUUCAAAACAAUACUGUGGAGAAAUUCAAGGAGAUAGACGAUUAGAUGUGCCCGAAGAAAAAUUUCGUAUAGCAAUUUUUUAUCCUCUCAUUGAUACAGCUUUAUUUCAGUUACGAGAUCGAUUUAAAGGACUUCAUUCCGUUUCAAGAAAUUUUGAAUUUUUACUUCCACAAAAUAUAGUUACCAUGAAAGAGUCAGAAAUAGUUAAAUCUUGUUAUGAUUUCAUAUCAUUUUACAAUAAUGAUGUGACAUCAGAUUUAAUAAGACAACUAAUUUCAUUAAAAGAAUUUAUUAAAAAUACAAAAAUUCAAACUAUUCAAGAAUUGUCAUCUUUUAUAAUUGAAUAUGAUCUUUCAUCUCUUUACAGUCAAAUUAUCACUGCUUGUAUUAUAUAUUUAAGUCUCCCAGUUACCGUAGCUACGGCCGAAAGGUCAUUUUCCAAAUUAAAACUCCUCAAAAACUAUCUUCGGAAUUCUAUUUCGCAAGAUAGAUUAACUGGCAUAAGUAUACUUAACAUAGAAAAAUCAAGGACAAAAGAACUUGAUAUUGAAAAACUAAUACAUGACUUUUCAAACAUGAAGGCAAGGAAAAAAAACUUUUUAAAAUAA